UCCCCACAAAGCAACCCCCGGGCCGUUUCAUCAGCUAGCAGUGGACGGCUGUGAUCUUCCCGCAUUCAACCCCGAGUUCUCCUCAAACCUCAAACCCCAUCCCCAAACCCCGCGGCCUAACGUUCGCCAUGUGGCGCCGUCUCUCUCUCGUCUCCAAGCUCAAGCCUCCGAUCCUCCCCCAAGCACCCAUCACCCGACCCCUCUCCUUUGCCGUUCUUCCCCUCUCCAGAACCCUAGCGCCGCACCCUCCUUCUCCGACGCCACCGUCGGCGGCGGGUCCUUAUGGGAUCUUUUGGGCUUCGUACGGCCAGAUGGCGGGGAUGGGUUCCUCGCCGGCGACGGUCAGCCUCCUGAAGCUGAACGAUCUGAGGAACAACGUGCCGAGGAAGAAGAAGAAGCGAAAGGGGCGGGGGAUCGGGUCCGGCAAGGGGAAAACGGCCGGGAGGGGGCACAAGGGCCAGAAGGCGAGGGGAACCAUGAAGUUUGGCUUCGAGGGUGGCCAGACCCCGCUGCGCCGCCGCCUUCCGCGAAGAGGGUUCAAGAACCCAUUCAGCCUCACCUUCCAGCCAGUAGGAUUGGGAAAGAUUGCAAAACACAUAAAUGCAGGCAAAAUUGACUCAUCAGAACUCAUCACAAUGAAAACUCUUAAGGAGACAGGUGCCAUAGGGAAGCAGAUAAAAGAUGGUGUUAGAUUGAUGGGUCGUGGUGCUGAACACAUCAAAUGGCCAAUUCAUCUUGAGGUAACAAGGGUGACAGCUAGGGCAAAGGCGGCAGUAGAAGCUGCAGGUGGGUCUGUGAGGAAGGUGUACUACAACAAAUUGGGAUUCCGGGCACUUCUCAAGCCUGAGUGGUUUGCCAAGAAAGGACGCCUGUUACCAAGAGCUGCCAGACCGCCACCAAAGCAGCGGGAUAAGGUUGAUAGCAUCGGUCGCCUGCCUGCCCCAACCAAGCCAAUACCGUUUACUGCAGAAGAAAAGGCAGCAGCAGUAGCUCAAACACCGGCCUAAGCACUAAUGACAGAGAUGGUGAAAGCUGCAAUACUACUGAAGUUCCUGUGUUCUAAUAUCAGUAUUUGCAGAUGGAUUUCUGAGGCUUUUAAAAUGGCAGUUGAUCUUCUUGCCCAUAGGUUUGUUAAAAUAAUCUAGCAUGGUCAGCUUCUGCCAUCCACAUGUACUUAAUUCUGAUAUUGAUAUUUUUCGUUAUUGGAUCCAUCAGGCUGCAUUGUUGAGUUCCGUCUAA